GAUUUUAAAUUUAGAUGCCAACGAAGUUUGAUUGCUGAGUGGUGUGUCGGUUGGAACAAUACAUUUUUUGUACUUAGUUGUGGAAAAUUUGGUUCAAGAUUAUAAUAAAUAAUACAAGAUGUCGCGUCUCGACUUGGUGAUAUUCGGCGCUACUGGGUUUACGGGCAAGCAGGCGGUUAUACACAUGGUGAAGUUCGCCAAGAAGUACAACAUCGGCGCUUGGGGAGUCGCUGGAAGGUCUGAGAGCAAACUCAACGCCUUAAUGUCCGAGGUCGCUACGAAAACAGGUUCAGAUGUCUCCGGCGUCAAGAUAUUCAUAGCAGACGUAGGCGAUGAGAAGUCUUUACGAGACAUGUGCGCUCAGACCAAACUGGUGGUGAACUGCUGCGGCCCUUACCGCAUGUACGGAGAGCCAGUUGUCAAGGCGGCUGUAGAGAACAAGGCCAACUAUGUGGAUGUUAGCGGAGAACCUCAGUUCAUGGAGACGAUGCAGCUGCGCUACGACGCGGCGGCGCGCGACGCGGGCGUGUUCGUGGUGAGCGCGUGCGGCUGGGACAGCGUGCCCGCGGACAUGGGCGUCGUGUUCCUCAAGCAACACUUCGAUGGUACACUGAACUCUGUAGAAUCGUAUUUGGACUCGUAUUUAGCUCCGGAAUACGCAGCCGAGUCCAAAGAGCGAGGAAUUAUUAACUAUGGCACCUGGGAGUCGCUAGUCUAUGGCAUUGCCCAUCAUAAUGAGCUUCCGGCUCUAAGGAAGCAACUGUAUACGGAGCCCUUGCCGCGAUGUGAACCUAAAUUGAAGCGACAAAGCCUGCAGAAGGUGGGUUCGUCCUGGUUCCUGCCGUUCCCGGGCGCGGACGAGUCCGUGGUAUACCGCUCGCAGCGCCACGACUACGCUCAGGCCCAGACUCGCCCCACACAGUUCCGCGCCUACUUCAAGGCCGGAUCCUUCCCCAAAGCUAUCCUCACCAUAUUCGGGGCCAUCCUACUCUUCCUCAUGACCAAAACCAAGUUCACGAGAAACAUCCUACUCCAGUACCCAAAGCUGUGCUCCUUAGGCAUGGUGACUAAACAAGGCCCGUCUGACAACGUCAUGAAUAACACACACUUUACUUUUGACCUCGUUGGGAGGGGAUGGCCGACGGGGGCUGAUAUCCAGAAUACUGAGCCAAGCAAGAAAAUCGUUGGCAGGGUUUCCGGAACGAACCCUGGGUACGGAGCCACAGUAGUAGCGCUGCUGAUGUCUGCCACUACACUCCUUCAGGAACGUGAGAAGUUGCCGGGACCUGGUGGAGUUUUAACCCCUGGCGCGGUUUUCAAGAACACAUCUCUCAUUCAAAAGCUCAUUGAGAACGACCUCAAAUACGAAAUCAUCGAAAACAAAUAACUUUUCAAAUUUCCAGCCAGUAAAACAUAUAUUUGUAAUUCAUUCUAUUUUAAUAAGCAACUGUUUCAUUAAUAAUAUCUAUGCUAUGUUAUGUUCUUAGGAAGUAUUAUUGAUAGUCAUUCCCUAGUGGUGUAAAUGCAUUUAAUCAUGUGCCUUUAUUUUGUUACUAAGUGCAUUUAAGUAAUACGGUAAGGGUUAUUCGCUAGAAAUACACUAUGGUGCACCUCACAUUUUUACUUAGUCAGUUAAUUUGCAAAGGUAAACCUACCUUAUACGCAGAAAGUAUAGAAUUCAUGUUUUGUUGAGUCUCGCGUAAGCAAGCCUGAAAAACGGCGUAGUUAAACACAGGUUAAACUAUAAACGGUUAAAGAUAAACCGUUAUAAGAUAUUCUAUGGCCAGCCUUAUUAUUCAUUAUAGCGAAACACAGCUACUAGAACACUAACAUAUUUGGAACACCCAACCAAGGAACUGUCCUCAAUGUAUUUAUUGAUAUUAUAUUCAUUGGUGUCAUAUUAUCGUAAAAGUAAUAUUUAAGUCGGAUUAUAGUCGAUGUAAAAUAAUGAAAAAACCAUAUGGUGUGAAAGGUCUUUUAAAUUGUUAAACUGAAUUUCUCAUCGACUUCAAUGCUGCCAUCUACUGACAAUUUAUCAUCACUGCAUAUGGAUAAUAUGUUGCUUACGUUGUUAUAAUAAAGAUGUCGCUAGCAACGGGAUUUGAGAUUUAUGUGUAAAGUUGGCCAUAUUAUAGAUGGCGUUGGUUUCCACAAAAAACACUUAAAAUCGAAAAGCUUUCAUUAGGCUUAAGACUUUUUAGAGUUAAACUCGAAAUUACUAUUAGUAACACAUAAAGAUUACGAAAUAGACUGUAAAAUGAGAUACAUAUUUAUCUUUUUAAAUAAAUGCUUGCAAAAUAAUAUUUUAA